UGUUUUGUUCUGGUUUUUAGUUUUUGUUUUAUUCCUCAUGUUUUGAUUUUGUUCUGGUUUUUUCUUUGUUGUUUUAUUCCUCAUGUUUUGAUUUUGUUCUGGUUUUUUCUUUGUUGUUUUAUUCCUCAUGUUUUGAUUUUGUUCUGGUUUUUUCUUUGUUGUUUUAUUCCUCAUGUUUUGAUUUUGUUCUGGUUUUUUCUUUGUUUAAUGUUUUUCUGAUGUUUCAUGUUUUGAUGUUUAUUCUUUCUUCAUGUUUUGAUGCUGUUCUGAUUUUACCCUCUCAUUUCCCUCUUCUGAGUUCCCGAAAAACCACCCAUUUUUAAUUAAUAUUUUUAAAAAUAUUUUUUCAUGGCUGAAUUAUCUUGUGUCCUUUUUGGUCAUUUUUUCUGUUUUUGUAAUUUAAAAAACAAAAACAACAAAUAUAUAUCUGAGAUUAACCUAAAAAGAAGAAAAUUAAAAAAAAAGAAGAGGACAUUUAUUUAAUAAAAAUGUUUUGUUUUGUUUUUAAAAGCGUUGAUGUUUUUCUGAUUUUGAGUAAAUGUUCUGAUGUUUUGUUUGAAAUGUUUUUUGUUGAUGUUUUUCUGUUUUAUUUGUUUUGAUGUUUUGUUUGUUUUAAUGUUUUGUUUGUUUUGAUGUUUUGAUGUUUUAUUUGUUUUGAUGUUUUGUUUGUUUUGAUGUUUUGAUGUUCUGAUGUUUUGUUUGUUUUGAUGUUUUGAUGUUCUGAUGUUUUGUUUGUUUUGUUGUUUUAUUUGUUUUGAUGUUUUGAUGUUUUGUUUGUUUUGAUGUUCUGUUUUCGUUCUGUUCUUUGUUUAUUUACUAAGUUAACGUGUUUUUCUGAUUUUAAGUUUUAUUAUUUUUCCGUAUGUUCUGAUGUUUUUCAGUUGUGUUUUUAAUGUUUUAAUGUUUUUCUGGCUUGUUGCUCAAUGUUUUAUUUUUCGUAUUCUGAUGUUUUUCUGUUUUAUUUCUCAUGUUUUUCUGAUUUUAAGCAUAUUACUUUUUUCAACAUGAUGUUUUCUGUUUUAUGUUUUGAUGUUUUUCUGGUUUUUUCUCAUGUUAUAUUUCUCUUUACCCUUUUCUGUUUUUGCUUUUUUCAUGUUUUGCUGUUUUUCUGA